UCAAUUUCUAGUUCUUUUUUGGUUGGAAACUUCCCAUUAAACCUUUUUCCACAACAUCCCCACCACACUUGUUUGUGUCUUUCUUUAAAUCCAAAACACAUCUACCUUUUUUUGAAGCAUCUUCUCUCUAUCAAUUUCUCCUUAAAAUUCAUCUCAUAAUUCUCCAAAUUCAUAUAAUUUUUACCAUUGAUAUGGGGGCUGGUAUUUCUACAAACAAUGAUGACCAUAGUGGAUAUUUUUCUUCUUCAAUGACUUGUCUUGAUGAUAUUCCAGAAAGUUGCAUCUCUUCCAUGAUGAUGAAGAUGGAUCCUCAAGAAAUUUGUAAAUUGUCUAGAGUCAACAAAACUUUUCAUAGAGCUUCCUCUGAUGAUUAUGUAUGGGAAUCUAAGUUGCCACAAAGCUAUAAGUUUCUUGUCAAUAAAGUUAUUGGUGAAGAAAAAGUUUGUUCCAUGACAAAGAAAAAGAUCUAUGCUAAACUAUGUCAACCCAAUUUCUUUGACGAUGGUACAAAAGAUGUUUGGAUGGAUAGAUGUAGUGGACAAGUUUGUUUGUUGAUUUCAUCAAAAUCUUUGAAGAUAACUGGUAUUGAUGAUAGAAGAUAUUGGAAUUAUAUUCCAACUGAGGAAUCAAGGUUUAAAAGUGUUGCAUAUCUUCAACAAAUGUGGUGGGUGGAAGCAUCAGGGGAGCUAGAAUUUGAGUUCCCAAAAGGGAAUUAUAGUUUAUUUUUCAAACUUCAAUUGGGAAAGCCCAUAAAGAGAUUGGGCCGAAGAGUAUGCAAUCUUGAACAAGUACAUGGUUGGGACAUAAAGCCCAUUAGGUUUCAACUAUCUACAUCCGACGGUCAGAAUUCGCUCUCACAAUGCUAUUUAAAUGGGCCUGGAGAAUGGGCCUAUUACCAUGCUGGAGACUUUGUCAUUGAGAAGCCUAAUGGGCCCAUUGAUCUUAAAUUUUCAUUGGCCCAAAUUGAUUGCACACACACCAAAGGUGGUCUUUGCAUAGAUGGGGCAGUGAUUUGUCCCAAGGAGUUAGCACAUAAGUUGAAACAAUUUUAGCUUAUUCAUGCUGAAUAGUCUCUUUUUUUUUCAAUCUAAGCAUUUUUGUAAGAGGAAAUGUAGUUUUUUAUGCUAUUUUUUUUUCAGUUUUCGUAUUAGAGAUCAUUGGGGAAAAUGGUUGCUGAAAAAUUGUUGGAUUUUGAGAUCAAACCACCUUGGAUCUUGUGCGAUGAUUGCCCCUACUUCUGUGUAGGUGUGAGUGUUCUUUUUCUAACUUGUAUUUUAAGGAAAUUAGUGAUAAUUGUUGUAGAGAAUGAAUUAGGAGUAAUAGUUUUGACUCUUUCUUGGCAUCAAAUGUAAUGGUCAUCUACUCCUACUCCGGUGUAAAAAUGGUUCACUUUUUAAAUGUUGAAAAUGGUUGUGUUA